CAAGGAGACUGAUAUAGAUGACUGAAGUUUUUUUCAAUUCUAAAUGUAUGAUCCAGAUUUUCUAACAUUUUUUUUGCCUGCCCCACUAUGCCUAGUUUUGUCUUGAGAUCACUAAGUGCCAAAAUAUGUUUUAAUUUUGAGUAGUGUGUUUAAAUUUUAUUUGUGGAUCUCUUCAAUGUGGCUGUUUGUCUAUUCACAUAUAUUCAUGGCAAUCAUCAUUGGGCAUGCUUGCUAUUAGGUGCUGUUACUUAUUGUCUUCUAGGAUUCUAUGAAACCAACUCUGCCAAGAGCACCUCAACAUGCCCUUCUACUUUGGGGAAGUUUUUAUGUGUGUCUUGGGGUUUCAGUGAUAGUGAAAAUUACAAAAUGGUUGCAGCUCAGUUCCCCUAGCAGUAAUGUCAACCUAGCUGGUUGGGCUUAGGCACAGAUCAGACACUGAGAGAGAGGAGGCUGAGAAUGAUGCUGUCAACUAGAAAAAACACAGAAUUAUUAAAUAGUCAAAAAUCACUCUUUAAUCAAGGGGAAAAGGAGUUAGUGCUACUAACAGGACAACAGAGCUGCUUCCCAAGACUGUACAGAGUCAAGACGCCCUGUUCACCAGCCCGUUAGUGCCACCAACUCAGGAUGAACUCUGAGGAACAAAAGAACUUGGAGAACCUAUAUACCACUCUAGAUGACCUGGGGGCUUGGAGUUAGAGGGACAGUUGACUGACUUUACACUGGUAAGAAAGGAAAAUGAGGAGUUCUAGACAGGAAUAACAGUGAGGGGCUGAUGCCCUACAAUGGACACAAAAGGGAAAGACCAAACCCAGGGCUGGGACACCUUGGUAAUAGACCUUAGUCUAGGGGGAGAAACCACUGGGACAAAAGGGAUGCUUAAUAUUGGGUGGGAUUAGCUGUUCCCACCCAAACUACCAGGAAGUUCACUGUCUGGUGAAGAGGGACCUUCCCUCAGGGGGAAACCUCUCCUGUGACAAGGUCAAAACCUGGGGUUUCCACACUCAAACUAAAUAAACUGGGGAUCUCUAUAUUUCCAUGUUGACAAUGUCAUCCACAAAUAAUAAUUUGUCAGUCCUUUGAAACUCACUGCACAUUUACAAACCAUUAAUAGACCAUUUUACUUUCUUUUUUAUACUUAAUUUAGAUUCAAUUUAAAAGCAAUUCCUGUAGAACACUGUUCCUGAUGAACAUGUCAAAGUUAUUUGAACUUGCUUAAUUUCUUGGAAAAGUUGCAGAUUUUGCUUUUAAAUGUUUUUCUUGAUGGAUGCAUUAUUUUAAAUUUUUCCUGGCCCCCUACAUGUUCUGGCUUUCAUGGGUAAAAAGUUCAUCUGGACUCAAAUCUGUAGUAACAAAAAUUAAAAAUAUAUUAAAAGCAGUUAUAUAUUUAGAAAAUAAGCACAUAGAGUAUGAAGAAUGGCCUACUAACUAAAACUUAAUGUUUUAAUAAUAAUACAUAUAUAUUGGGGUUAUAGUCUGUCAAAAUGAAUGUCUGUGAAGAGUAGACCUAACUCACUAUUUAACUUUCCCCUACAAAUGUCAUCUAGUUAUACUCAAAGUAGAGGACUGUGACUAUUUUGAGAAUUUGGGUGGUGUCAAAUAACAAUAACAACAAGGAACUCUUGGUAUGGACACUCCCUCUACCAAUACAGAUAAUCAACUGUUUUCAGACAGUUGCCUGAGGCACUGAAAGAGAGAAGCUCUUCUUCAAGUCUUUCUCAUAGUCACAGAGUUGAUAGGUGUCUUAAAUUCAGGUCCUUCCUCCAAGGCUGGCCCUAUCUCUACUAUGUUGUACCAUACUGCCUCUCUUGAGAAAAAAUUGCUCACCACCUUAUUUCCAAAUGGCCAUUUGACUAGAGUAUUUUCAAGCUCUUUAUUAUUGUAAGAAAUUUGCCUUCAAUCAGUUGCCUCUCUAAAGCAGUCAUGAAACUAACCAACAAGCCAAUGGAAUGCUGCCACAUAGAGUUGUAAGUCAGGUCAUGGUUCAUUUAGACAUUGUUCCUAUCCUCAUAGAAUUUCUCAUAUAUGCAGCACCCACUCUAGGCUACCUGUCCCCAAGUAGCAAGCACACUCACUGGUUGUGUUUCCAGAGUGCCUGCUACUUUCAGAUUCCAGAGGUUCAUUGUGAAUCAAAUUCUCCACUAUUAUACCUCACCAGUCUUCAUCUGUAUGCUUCUCAUUAACAGCCAGACAACAUAAUUGGCUCUUCAGAAAAGCAUUUGCUAGGAUGGCACAACAAAAACUGUAGGCAUAAAACAUUCUCCCCAUCAAACCCGAGAUACACUUUCCCACAAAUAUACACACUAUUGGUUUAAAAGAAUGGACAAAAACUUAAUGGAACCAUGAUAGUGAAGCAAGCCUGUAGGAAAGGCAUUUGGCACUACCAAUACUGAAAUCCUCAGUAUCUCUUCUUUCCAAGAGGAGUUCUUGUGAAAUCCCAGUGGAGUCCCUUUACGUUCAUCAGAGAAAGGUAUUCACACUUCAUAAAGGACCACCAGAUGUUAACAAUUUGUUAAUGCAUUAACACUUAGUUAUUUGAAACCUUCCACAUAUGUUGUCUUCCCCCUUAGAAUGUCAACUCCUUGAGAUCAGGGACUGUCUUUUCUAUUUACUGUUAUAUCUCCAGCAGUAAACACAGUGCUUUGUACAUAGUAAAUGCUUAAUUUUUUUCCAUUCAUUUAUCCAUGAUUUUAUCCAUUGAAUGUGUCAACUGAGAAAAGAAAGGAGGAGGUGGAGGAAGAGGACUGUCCCCUCUCCUGAUAUAUAAUAAAUAACUCUGGCUUUGGAAUCAGAUACCUGGGUUCAUACUCUAAAUCUCCUAUUUUGUACUUAUAUUUCCUACCAAUAGGUCCCAAUUUCAUGAGCUGUAAAAUGAUCUCUAAGUUCUCAACCAGGAUUAACUCCUAUCAUGCCCUAACCUAGGAUGCUCCAUAUAAAGGCUACAAAAAUACAAUACUGGACAAAUUUUACUGCAACAAAUGUCAUUACAAUAUUGACCAACAUGAUUCUAUCAGUGUUUAGUAAGAGGCCAUUAACAGAAUUCUAAUACAAGAGCAAUUCUUUGGAAUUCGUUGUACUAUAAUAAUGACAGUCUUGAAGUCCUCCUUGGAUGUUUUAUCUUGAUGUAUGUUCUAGAGGGCUAUGCAAGUACUUGGAAUGCAAACUAGCAAGUUCUACCAAGCUUGGAAAGCUACAAGUAAAAAGCCUGGCCACAAAGUAUGUGUCAGUGUCCAGUUGCCUGAUUCCCAAUCUAACUGAAUUUGGAACACUGGCCACCAAGUGAUAAAAUUUUUGGCUCUGGCAACUCAUUGUUUCCUAAGGUACAAAGGGGUUGUGACCUGCGUUGAAUCAUUAAAAUAAGUUAAAAGGUAAGACUAGACAAAAUGGCCCAGUGGAUAGACUGUACCUGGAAUCAGAAAGACUCUUCUUACUAAGUUCAGAUAUGGACUCAAGAAUUUCCCAGCUGUGUGACCCUGGGUAAGUCACUUAACCCAGUUUGCCUGUAAGAUGCGCUGGAGAAGGAAAUGGCAAACCUACUCAAAUAUCUUUGCCAAGAAAAAAACCCCAAAUGGGCUCAUGAAUGGUCAGACAACGACUGAACACAACAAGACUAGACUGGUUAUUUGUAAGCUAUUUGUAGUGUUCAGUAUUGGUUCCAUAACUUCAAUUUGAAGCAGAGGGAUUUUGGGUAAUUUAUUAGGAAGGCUUAAAAGAGAUAUGUAGUCAGAAUACUGUUAAUUUGGUUUGGAAUGUUUUUAAGAGGCAAAUAAAUUGUAAUUUAUUAAAGUGUAAUUUUUUUCCCCAAAGAGGAGAAACAUGAAGUAGGUGUUUAUAUUUUAAAUUUCAAUUUGAGAAAGAAAAUUUGAAAGAUAUAAGGGAGGAAAAUCUCAUCCUUAGGACCCAAAACUGCCAGAAACUUUGUUUAAAACAACCUAGGAUAUUCUAUGGUUAUUAUUUAGAGAUAUAAAUAAACAAUUCGGCUGUGUUUCAAUUAAGUUGCUUUUGGAACACCACAAUUAAACAAGCACAACUGGCUACAUUUGCCAAAUACUUUUUACAUUUAAUCUGCAAAGCAACCGCAGAACCUGUUUUUUUUUUACAAUGUGAUUCCAAUUAGGCUUUCUCCUGUGAUUUGCAUACUAUUAACCUGGAUAACUUAGAGUAGGGUUUCACCACCUCAAUUUCACAUUUAGUAUAUGCUCAUUAUUUAAAAGGGGGGAAAAGUUAUCCCUAAAAGCCGGAAAAUCAGAGAAGACUUGUAGUCCCCAGUGAAAUACUGAGAAAGACAAAAGAAGCCGUACAAAGAAGUGGAGGCAACGAGUAGUUCUAUAAGAAAAGAAAUUAACAUGCUGUGUUGGUGAGUUGCACAUGAUCAACCAUGCUUGCUGGAGAAGGCUGUCUGUUGGGUGUUGCUAUGGUUACGAAAAGCUAGUGGAACCCAAUGAGCUGUCUGCGCCGAAGAGGACCAGCCAUUUUAUUUAUGGAAAACAGCGUGACAUGCUGAGCUUUAUCUUGGAACGAUAAUUUUCUUAAGAAAACAAAAACGGGGAAAGAAACUCUUUGGAAGGAAAGAGAGCGAUGGGCAUCCCGGAGAAUAAUCACCGCAUCUAGGAAAUUCUUUGCAACUUCCAUUGGAACUGGCUGCUGCUUAGCUGUACCCGGGAGCUGAUCUGAGGGAGAGGAAUGCAGAGAGAGUGUGUAUGAUAGUGCCCCGACUGCCUCUCGCUAUCAGCCAGUGGGGAAGGUUUUUGUCUCCUGACGGGCUAGGUUUCUCUGCAAUGUUAUCUGCACAGCUCACUAGCUGCUCGUCCUGAAAACCAGUGACCCAAAAGAGGUGGGUGUCACCCUCUUCUGCUAAGGUCCUCUGCCGAGCUCUCUGAAGAAGCAGGUGUAUGUGCUUGUGGUUCAGAAGGCAGUGGCACUCCGCUUCCUCGCUCCUUCCUUACAGAUUCUGGAGCAUCGGCAGGUGGGGGUUGGGGCUCUUCUUCCCACGGGACUUCCUGGAUACCAACACUUGUUCGCCCGAGACUCUUGGAUUGGACUCAACCUUAAGCCCUGGGAGUUCAAGACCUUCUGAAAGGGCUAAAUAAACAAUUUCUCCAUGUGAGGAGACAGCGGCUCCUACUUCCUCUGCAUUAGAGCGUCUGCCCAAACUCAGCUGCCUGGAAGACUGGAGAUCUUAAUAGCAAAUCCUCCAAGGUCAAAAUGAAUACAGAUAGCGGUGGGUGUGCUCGCAAACGUGCCGCCAUGUCUGUCACACUAACAGCUGUGAAGAGAGUUCAGAGUUCUCCAAACCUAUUGACUGCAGGACGUGAUUCUCAGUCUCCAGAUUCAGCUUGGAGAUCCUAUGAUGACCGAAAUAGAGAGACACUGAAUGGAGAUGCUUCUCAUUCGUCUCUUGCAGCAAAAGGCUUUAGAAGUGUUCGUCCAAAUCUACAAGACAAAAAAUCACCAACUCAGGCGCCCCUACCCCCUCCUAGAAAAGAGAGUUUUGUUAGCCCCUCAGUAACUGAUCACAAAGAGGGUGGCAUUUGGGACUCAUCAAUAACCAAGACGCUAAUCCCCUCAACUCCAGUUUACAUUACUAAGGAGGACACUAUCCAGCGGGCUAUGAGUUCUAACAAAGACAGUAGCCACACCAUUAUGUAUUCUGAGGAGUCUAACACAACCGUGACCUAUACACAAAAAAUCACUAAUCCACUGACCCCAGUUUCCAAUGCAGACUCCCAACAGCCAAUAGCUGACAGCAGCACCCUGUUCCAACAGGACUACACUCAGGAUUCUCAGCUACGCAGGAUUUCUACCCUGAAAUUAACCCAUAACCAAGAUCAAUCCAAUAACAUUCCUUUUAAUUCCCCACUGUGGCCCCAGCCCAUUGAAGUACCGGGAUUUUCCCAAAGACCUUUCUCACCCACCCAUAACCCUACGCCUGAGGUCCACACAGCAUCUCUGUCCAUUCAGAUAGCUUCCCUCCAUGACAAUAAAACAGGACAGGAGUCGGAAAGCCACAAACGAGCAGCUGGACUUUCUCCAGAUACUGCUAAGGCGCCUCUUCAGGAACUCGGACCAAAUUCUUCAUUUGCUGCUUCUGAACAGCCCCCAGAGAGCCAUGUGCUUGGAAAACAGAAACUAACUGCCAGUGUGAUGGAGGUAAAUGCUUCCCAGCCCCUCAGCCAAACAGCGGCAGCGGCAGCAGAAGGCUCUCCACUGCGUCCUUUCUCCGCGGUACCAGUUAAUCAAACCUCUUUUCUGCCCGACAGUGGCCCCCGCCUGGCAUCCUCCAGCCUGCAGCCCCUUGACGAUGCUGUGUCUUCACGCUUUCCUAAACCUCUGGCCCCCUCACAGUGCUCCUCUAAAUCCCCUUUCCUAGCUCCUGACAGUGUUAUCCCCAGCAACGAGCCCACCUCUUUUAUCACAGACUCGUCCCGGAGUGAGCCUUCCUCCCGCUCCGUGAGCGAGAUCUCUUCUGCCAUUUUUGACGAGCUACAGAUUUCUUCUAACUAUGCUCCUACUGACUGUCCUGAAACACCUUCCCCAACCUUGAAUGAGAUGUCUGCUGUGACAGAUGGCACCACCUUAAACACUACAGCUGCCACUCAUGCUCAGAUAACAGUGAACGGGCGCUCAGGAGGGGCUACCAGUCCAAUGAGUUACUUUCAGAGGCCAUUUUCACCGUCAGCUUACUCUCUACCAGCAUCACUCAAUUCAAGCAUGAUCAUGCAGCAUGGAAGGUCAAUGGAAUCCACUGAGACAUAUUCCCAGCAUGCCCAUUCUCUGGAUGGUAGCUCUGCCAGCAGUACUAUACCCAUCUAUAGAUCUUCUGAGGAAGAGAAGAAAGUGACUGUGAUUAAAGCCCCCCAUUAUGCAGGCAUUGGACCAGUAGAUGAGUCUGGAAUUCCUACCGCAAUUAGAACGACAGUUGACAGACCGAAGGACUGGUACAAGACUAUGUUUAAGCAAAUCCAUAUGGUUCACAAACCUGAUGAUGGUGUGGACAUGUAUCACACUCCAUAUACAUAUAAUGCAGGCCUUCCAAGUGCCUCCUACACGACUCAGUCCCACCCUGCUGCAAAGAUGCAGACAUACAGACCUCUUUCCAAAAGUCUCUCUGACAAUGGCACCGAUGCCUUUAAGGAUGCCUCCUCCCCUCUGCCUCCUCCCCAUAUACCACCUCCAGUUCCACCACUUAGGCCCAGAGACAGGUCUUCCACUGAAAAGCAUGACUGGGAUCCACCUGACAGAAAAGUAGACACACGAAGAUUUCGUUCUGAACCAAGGAGUAUCUUUGAAUAUGAACCUGGGAAGUCAUCAAUUCUUCAGCAUGAGAGACCGACUGAUCGCAUAAAUCCAGAUGACAUAGAUUUAGAAAAUGAACCCUGGUAUAAAUUCUUUUCAGAACUGGAGUUUGGACGCCCGCCUCCUAAAAAGGCUCUGGAUUAUGGUCAGGACCAUUCUUCUGAUGUUUCCAAAGAGGCUUCUUUGUAUCAGACCUCCUUAGACCGCAGUCUGGAAAGGCCUGCUAGCUCUGCAAGUAUAACUGGUGACUACAGAAAAAGGAGGAAGAGUGAGCCUGCUGUGGGUCACCAGCGAAGUGUAGGUGAUCAAACUAUAAGCCAAGCCAGCCCAACUCGAGCAGAUCUCCCUGGUCCAAGCUCUAUCCUUACAAAAUCUUUCACUGGCUCUUCUCCUUCUUCCCCAUCAAGAGCAAAAGGUGGGGAUAUUAGCAAAGCAUGUCCAUCCCUUUACAAUUAUUCAGGGCACAACCACCACACCUCAAGUGAGUUAGAUUACUGCAGCACUUACAGGCGGCAUUUGGAUGUGCCAAAUGACUCAAAGCGUGCCAUCACCUUCAAGAAUGGUUGGCAGAUGACACGGCAGAAUGCCGAGGUCUGGAGCAGCACAGAAGAAACAGUUUCUCCCAAAAUGAAAUCUCGCAGCUGUGAUGAUCUCCUGAACGAGGACCACGAUAGUUUCCCUGAUCCACAGACCAAAUCAGAAAGUCUGGGCUCUCUGUUAUGUGAGGAGGACUCCAAAGACAGCUGCCCACUGACAUGGGUCUCCCCCUACAUCCCUGAGAACCGCACGAAUGGCAGGUCAAGGAUCCGGCAUAAGUCAGCACAUGAUGCCCCUGGGUUCUUGAAAAUGUACAAGAAAAUGCAUCGCAUUAACCGUAAAGAGUUGAUGAAGUCAGAGGUGAUUUGUUCUGUAAAAUCCAGGAUUUUACAAUAUGAAAAGGAGCAACACAAGGGCAUGCUGCGUGGGUGGAGCCAGUCUUCAACUGAGGAAGUACCCCGGGACAUGGUGCCCACCCGCAUUUCUGAAUUUGAGAAACUAAUUCAAAAGUCAAAGUCCAUGCCCAAUCUGGGAGAUGAAAUGUUGUCUGCUGUCACCUUAGAACUGCCUCAGAAUGGAUUGUGUCCAAAACGACGGUUUUCCAUUGAGUCUUUAUUGGAGGAAGAAAACCAAGGUAGACACAUCAAUCAGGUUCCACGAAGCUAUAAGCCUAAAACCUUAGUGCCAAUUCACAUUGAAGUGACCAGUGACGAACAGCCACGAUCUCAUAUGGAGUUCUCAGACAGCGACCAAGAUGGAAUGAUCUCUGAUGUCAGUGACUUUGUUCAUGUGGAAGGUUCAUCCUUUUGCAGCGAGAGUGAUUUUGAUCAUUUUUCCUUUACGUCUUCUGAGAGCUUCUAUGGCUCCAACCAUCACCAUCAUCACCACCACCACCAUCACCACCACCACCGGCACCUCAUCAGCUCCUGCAAGGGGAGAUGCCCUGCCUCUUAUACACGAUUUACCACCAUGCUGAAACAUGAAAGAGCUAAGCAAGAGAAUGUUGAAGAUUCUAGACGACAGGAAAUAGACUCUGGCCUCUCAAAGUUAGCCUUUCUAGUAAGCCCGGUGCCUUUCAGGAGGAAAAAAAGUGCUGCUCCCAAAAAACAGACUGAAAAAACAAAAUCCAAAUCAUCAGUAUUUGAUGCACUGGAUUCUGCCCUUAAGGACAUAUGUGAUCAAAUUAAAGCUGAAAAAAGAAGAGGAAGUUUGCCUGACAACAGCAUAUUGCACAGACUUAUCAAUGAGCUGCUUCCAGACAUUCCUGAAAGGAAUUCCUCACUUAAAGCUCUGAGAAAAAGUCCCAUGCAUCAGUCUUUUCCUCCCCUUCCUCAAGAUGGUGCUGCCCAUUAUCUACCCUACCAGAAUGAUUGUGGACGAUUACCUCCUAGUGCCUCUUUUCAAGACAUGGAUACAACUAACAACAACUACCAGGAAAAUGAUAGUGCCCUGUGUUUCCAAGACCAAGAGUCUCCUAGAAGUUAUUCAUCAGCUUUCACUGACUUGGGUCCAAGUAUUCCCAGGGAAAGAAGAGGAGCUCCAGAAAGAGAGAGGCUGCCAGCCAGAGCUGUUUAUGAUUUUAAGGCCCAGACAUCUAAGGAAUUGUCAUUUAAGAAAGGGGACACUGUCUACAUCCUCAGGAAAAUUGAUCAAAAUUGGUAUGAGGGAGAGCACCAUGGACGAGUGGGGAUAUUUCCAAUCUCUUAUGUAGAGAAACUCAGCCCUCCAGAAAAAGCUCAACCUGCAAGACCACCACCCCCAGCUCAGCUUGGAGAAAUUGGAGAAGCUAUAGCCAAAUACAAUUUUAAUGCAGACACAAAUGUGGAGUUAUCCUUGAGAAAGGGAGAUAGAGUCAUUCUUCUUAAAAGAGUUGAUCAAAAUUGGUAUGAAGGUAAAAUACCAGGAACCAACAGACAAGGCAUCUUCCCUGUUUCCUAUGUAGAAGUCAUCAAAAAGAAUGUCCCCAAAGGUGCUGAUGAUUAUCCCGACCCUCCAAUACCCCACAGCUAUUCUAGUGACAGGAUACACAGCUUAAGUUCAAAUAAGUUGGCUCACAGUGCAUCUGCAUCCUGCCUUCCUUCCAUGUUACCUUGCCCACAUUCUAACAAAGGGGCUGUAGAAGGAAUCACCAAUGAAUGGUUAUCAUUGACUAUGGGGUUUCCACCUUCAAGCCCUCAGACCCCAACUCCACCUCCUUUUCCUGACAACUUCUUGGAUGAAUUAGAAAAGCUUGAGGCUCUAACCUUACCAACUGGACAGUCGGAUACAGGAACCCUAGGGAAUAGCCAUGCUCAAGUUAAAGCUUACCCUUCCAUUACCAAGGCAUGUGACCCCACUGAAAUACCUUCCUCUCUGCCACUUUUUUCUUCUUCUGGCACCAUCUCACCUAUAGCCUCCCAAUUCCAUGAUGCAGUGAUAAUUCAGGAUUAUGCAAAACCAACUGAAAAAAUAAAUGCAGAUUGGAAAGAGAUCAAAGGUUCUCCCGAUAAUAAAGAAAAGAGAAACUUUUCAAGUAUUGGAAAGGUGCCUGAAGUCUUGGGUGAUAAGGUAGCCACUUCUGUUCAGUAUAAUCUGGGUACCUUGUCCCAAACACUCCCUGUCAUUGAAGAAAAAGAAGAAGACCCUUGUGAAGAAUUAAUGUCAUUCAUCCAUGGAAAGAAGCCAAAAUGUCAAGAGUCAGAUCUCUUUCAGUAUGAAGCUGAUGUUACAGAGGAAGCACCAAGGCUAUACAUAGAGGAGGAAGAUGAGGAGAUGAAACAUGAUUGCUUAACAUCUCCAGUGGCAAUUAUAAAUGACCCUAGGAAGGAAGACUGGAUUGCAGCCAGUACCUGUAAAGAGGCUCAUUCACCUCCUCUCCUUACAAAAUUUUCCUACCGGCAGGAGACAUUGUCACCCAAGUUAAAGGCUGAUUUAAAAAGAGAAAUAUUUGUAAUGGCUAAGCCUCCACGUAGCCCAGUGAUGUCUAGGAGAUCCUGCAGCUCACCUGUCAGAGGUCACAGCAGUUCACACAGGCCACAGCGCCCCGGGUUUACUCAUGAAAACAUACAAGGUGGGGGGGAACCCUUUCAGGCUCUGUAUAACUAUACUCCUAGGAAUGAAGAUGAGUUGGAGCUCAGAGAGAGCGAUGUCAUUGAUGUGAUGGAGAAGUGUGAUGAUGGAUGGUUUGUGGGAACCUCAAGAAGAACCAAAUUCUUUGGUACUUUCCCCGGAAACUAUGUCAAGAGGCUGUGAAUUAUUUUCUCUACUUUUUAUGCUGCAAUUCAGCAAUACAUCCACAUAAAAUUGCUUGGAAAACAUGCUCCCCAGGCCUUCUGUUUUCAUGCUUCACAAGCAGAAGGCUUCUAACAUCAUCAUCACCAUCUCCAUCCUUGCAGCUCAGUAUUACGGCCACCAUGAAGCCUUUGAGAGAUGAGGCUGGAGGGUUUUUCCAUAAACUGUACUUAUUCCUGUUUCCUGCUUUAAACGUUUACAAUUUGAAACACAAGAACAGAACCUGGAGCUUUAUUACACUUAAUAAAAUGGAUAAAAUCUGGGAGACCGAAAGAGAAGUCUCUCAGAGAGAGAGAGAGAGAGAGAGAGAGAGAGAGGCUUUUCUGGUCCUCUAAUCAAAGGCUCUAGGAGAUAAGCUUCUCAGUCCUCCCUUUAGGCAGCUGGAAAAUAGUGUUUCCCUAGGACAAGCUGAUGUUUGCAUUUCCACAUCCUUAGUGUGGCAGGAUACAUUACUUUCACCUUGCUGCAUCACGAGUUUGCCUCUUGUUCUAGUUGACAAUAUAUUUUAACUCUAAUCCAGUGAUUGUUUUGCCUGCACUUACUGGCUAUAACAUGCACAGCGAUUGUAAAAACUCCAGCGAGAGUAGGAAGCUUCACUUGGACAAGUUAUAAUUUUAUUUUUGGAUCUGAAUUUUCCAAUAGGAGUGUUUUCCUGCAGGGAUUAGGGAUUUGACUUUUUGUUGGUUUGGGUUUUCUUUUUUUAACUUUUUAAAAGUGUGAAUGGUAAGAAAAUUUACAACUUUAGUAAUAACUUUGAGAAAAGAAGAGGUAAAAGAUGGACAGGAAAAAAAAGUGUUGUGUUCUAAAGUUGCAUUGCUGUUUUAUAUUAAAAAUGUAAUCAUCAGCAACAUGAACUAUGAGAUGUUAGUGUUUUAUUUAUCAGAUAAAUUUUAAAUAAAAGCAGUGUUAGUGCAAGGAUUCAUUCCUAGACCCUUGAACAAGAUGCUCAAAAAAGUAUCUUCGAGAGCUAUGUAACUGGUUUUAUUUUUAUUAUGUUGCAUAUGUAUGUGCCCAUAUACAUGCAUGAUUGUAUAUGAACAUAUAAUACAUAUGCAUAUGUUGCACAUUUAUGGAAAUGUUAGACUCUGAAGGCACGCAUUAUUUUAUAAAAAUAAAUAUAUAUAUAUAGCACUUCAGAAACAUCAGAAGUAUUUGGGUUUUGCUUUGCUUUUUUCCCCUUUAACAAAGCAAUUAUUUGAAUGCGCCACUUAUUUUAUUUCUGCAAAGGUUCAAGCCCGGAUAGUGUCUGUAUCAGAAGACAGGAGUAUGUUGAGCCUGAGUCUCCCAGUGUGUGUAUUUGUGUAAAUUCUUUCCUAAACCUAAAUUGGGCACUUUGGGAGACCCAAGACUUGGAAUUUAUUAGCCUGAGGUCCGGCAGAGAACAACCUUGGAAUCAGACCUAGGUUUGAGUCUUAGCUCAAUGAAGGGCUCAUUCUAUAUCACCUAAGUUCCAGAUCCAAAGUGCAGUGAGCCUAAGACCACACUAAAUGGUAAUCAACCGGUAACCAGAACCCACAGGAAUGAAUAACAGUGAACGAUGGCUCUGUUACACUCACUCAGAGACCUGGCUCAAGAAUUCUUAUGACUUUAUACAAGAGCUGUUCCUUUUUGAAUUCUUUGGCACCUUAUAAAUGACAGGCUUUUAAAGGCUUUUCACCUGUGGUCAGUGGUUGAUUUUUUUUGCCCACAAUGGACAUAGCCUCUAGAAUAAUGUACAUAUGUUCACUGCUCUUUUGUACAGAACCAUUUAGUUGUUGAGUAACAGAAGGGGGAAAAAAAAAAGAGUUCCCUAUUCAGUCCUCACCCCGCACUUACACUAACUGAAAAGAACAAAAAACCCAACAAGAAACAACUUUUGGACAGGUUUUCCUGGCUCAUGGAUCAUGAUGCAUACUUUGAGAGUGCAAUUCCUUGGCAUUUAUGCAAAAUUUUAUAAAUUUUUAAAAAUGGUCUUAGCAGCCAAAUUGAAAUGUAUGUAUAUAUCUUUAUUACAAAGAAAUGUCAUUAAUCAGAAGGUGGAGAAACACCUUUGUGCAGCCAACUCUUCUUAAUGCUGCAGUCAUGACAAGAUUUCUAUUGCAAAGGCUUUGGGGCUCACAGCUAGGUCAGCCGCAUGCAGCUUUGCUGAGGGAUGCCUAUAAUAACUACCUUUGAUGCCAUUUAUGACAAAAGACUUCCAUAUCUGUUGCCUGUAAUAUUUAAGAAAAAUGCUGUUUCUACUCUGUAUCUGAUUUUAAAAAGAUGGGGGAAAAAUAAUUUUUUUCACGCCUGGCUUUCAGGUCAUUGAAUUCUUACAAGCAAAGGUCUGUGUUUUUUUUCUCGAAUAGACUUCUAAUAAAUUUUGCUUGGAGUACACUUUAGCUUUUCUUCUUGGUAUUUAAUGCUAUGUUAACUGAAGAAGAAUUGUGUAUUUGUAUCCUCUUUGAUCACAUAAACUAAAAGAAAAUGUGCUUA